AUGCUCUCUUUUAUAAAAUAGAGCUCAUAUGAAAAUUAAAAUAUUUAUUCUAAAAAUCUUAUAAAAUGGUAUAUGAAGCUUAAAAAAUUUCUAUUAAGAUACUACCCACCUGGAAUCAUACUUGAAUAUAUUCGAUCAAAUGGCCAAGGAGAAAGCAAAUACAUAGAUCUCUUGAAUUUGAACCCACAAACAGAUGUAGAUGCCUUAGUUGACCAAAUCCUUCUUGAAGAGCCCGCUAUCUCUCAGUCGCGGAAACCUCAGCUGAGAAAGCUAAUCCUGAAACUUAUUGAAAAACUGCAAACCAACAAAAAUCAGCGUUUCGAGCUCUUUAAAACCUUAAAAGCCCAUAUUCUUCCUCUAACCAAUUGCGCCUUCAAUAAAUCAGGCGACAGAUUCAUUACAGGUUCAUAUGAUCGAACUUGUAAAGUGUGGGAUACUACAACAGGCCAAGAGCUUCAUAGUUUAGAAGGGCACAAAAACGUCGUAUAUGCAAUUGCAUUCAAUAAUCCAUAUGGAGACAGAGUUGCAACUGGGUCUUUUGACAGAACUGCAAAGCUAUGAGACACCAACACUGGCGAAUGUUUAUAUACAUUAAGAGGCCACCAAAAAGAAAUAGUCUGUCUUAGCUUUGAUACUAAUGGAUUCCUAUUUGCUACUGGGUCAAUGGACCAAACUGCAUCAGUUUGGGACGUUGAAACAGGCCAACAAGUUUGCUCAUUUGCGGGGCAUACUGGAGAAAUCGUCAGCAUCAUGUUUAACACUGAUGGGGAUAAAGUAUUGACUGGGUCUUUUGAUUUUACGUCAAGAAUAUGGGAUACACGAACUGGGUUGUGCAUUAGGGUGCUUGAAGGCCAUUCUGGAGAAAUAUCUAAUGCGCAGUUUGAUUUUUCAGGAGAUUUUGCAGCCACUGGGUCAAUUGAUCAUACAUGCAAGCUGUGGGAUGUGAAUAGUGGAAAAUGCAUAGAAACUUUGAGAGGACAUACUAAUGAAGUGCUUGAUGUAGCCUUUAAUUCAACAGGGACCAAACUUGUAACAGCUUCAGGAGAUACUUAUGCAAGAGUCUAUAAUGUUUUAACUAAUGCUUGCGUAGGCAUUUUAGUAGGCCAUGAAAUGGAAAUUUCAAAAGUGUCGUUUAAUCCUCAAGGGACAAAGAUAAUUACAGCAAGCAAUGAUAGAACUUGUAGAAUUUGGGAUUCUGAAACUGGAGAAUGCUUACAAACACUUGAGGGGCAUACUGAUGAGAUUUUUUCUUGUGCGUUUAAUUAUGAAGGGGAUACAAUUAUAACAGGAUCAAAAGAUAAUACAUGUCGAAUUUGGAAGGACACUGCUUAA